CUCUCUCUCUCUCUCUCCUACUCUUCUUUUACUUCCAACAGCUGUGCCUCCGUUAUAUGUAGUUCUCGCCUCUCAUCAAUCGGGACCGUUCAUCGAGUUGGACCCAUUGUCAAUGACCCAUAUGUCAUAGAUCAGACUUAUGAGACAAUCGUAGCCAUUGGUUUUUCUUCCGUAGCUUUCAAGGACCUUAAUAAGCUGGAUAGGAACAUCCGAUCUGUGCUUAUUUGGACACAUUUCCCAUCCAUAGUAGGGACAACUAGAUGGACGGUCGUAAAUGAAUAUACUUUAGAGAGGGUUAAAUAUGAAAAGAAAAACGUGGGGAACUGGGAAAUCAAUUCCAUUCCAUUGAAAAUUAUUAAUUGUCAGUGUCGUUUGUUUGCUUCUUUGUUUGCUACUUUCAAUGGUACCUACAACAAGCAAGGUUUCUGGUGGUCGAUUUGCAACUGAUAGGGCCAACUUCAUUGAACCAGUAGGAAGUAUAUAUUCUUUCAACAAGUCCCAACAUGUUGGAUUGCAUUCUACAAAUCAAAGAGUUGAGUUUAGGAAACAAAAGAUUGGGCAUCUCCUAGGUUCUAAGCUAAGUUUCACGGAAGGUUCCUGGCGUGUAUAUGGAAAGCCCUACAAUUAUGUCAUCUCCAAGGAACAUGCUGUUUUAUGUUUGUCCACAGGAACACAUAAUGGUGAAACUAAAGAAUGUGUUCGGCACUCUCAAGAUUGUUCAGAUACAUCCAGGGAUCAAAUUGGAGAUGGUGAGGUUGGAGAAUUGUUUGAAUCUAUCUUGUCUGACCAUCCAGUCAUGCCUGAAAGAACAACGUACCCUAGUCGAGGUUUAGCCGAGGCUUGUAAAUUCGUCCACAAUGAUGCAAAGUUUGUCAACGAAAGGGCUCGUAAUGACAUUGUCUUGCUUUCGCGUGGUAUAACAAGGCUGAAUGACCGGGCACGCCAAGAUGUGGCAAUUCUUGGUUUGGAGUUUCUUAAGCUUGAUGAACGAUGUUGGGCAGCUCGAGCAAGGGAGGAUACUGAGAAGAUUGACCAUGGUGUGAAGAAAAAAGCUGCACGCCUACAUGAUAUAGCCAUGAUCCUGAAAGACAAAGCUCAGUCUAAAUUGAAGAGAGUAGCAGACCAGCAUUGGAGUGAUGGGGCCUUAGAGGCGGACUUGCGGCGAGCCAACUUUCUUAUGAGGCGACGCGCCAUGGAAGAUGCCUUCAUGGCUUUGGAGUUUGUUAGGAACAUUCAUGACAUGAUGGUGAGCAAGAUGUUACAGAUCCCUAAGAAACAAGGUCCUUUAUCAGUUAAUAACGUGAUGGGUCUUAUAACACUCGAGAAGAAUGGGAAGGCUCUCAAUUUCUUUCCUGGAGAAAUCUCUACUGACAGGAUUACUGCUAUACAGGAUGCAUAUUGGGGCAUGGCAUCUGCCCUCUCGGAAGCUGAUGGAAUAGAUUACACUGACCCAGAAGAGCUCGAACUGUUAGUAGCAACUCUUAUAGAUCUUGAUGCAAUGGAUGGUAAAAGUAGUGUCUCAUUAUUGGCCGAGUGUUCGAGCUCUCCUGAUGAUAGUACAAGGCAAGCUCUAGCCAAUGCCUUGGCGGCAGCACCAUCCAUGUGGACUCUUGGCAAUGCCGGCAUGGGAGCAUUACAGAGGCUGGCAGAAGACAGCAAUCCUGCUGUUGCGGCCGCUGCAUCCAAAGCAAUUGAUGAACUGAAAAGGCAAUGGGAAAUAGAAGAAGGAGACAGUUGGAGAUUUACAAUGAAUAACCCGAUUCCAGCAGAUGAGACAGGAGACGAUAACGCUGAUGAUGAGAUAGAUAAUCCAUCCAUAUGAUCACCAUAGAGAAAUUAUAUUUUACCGUCCAUCCAAUUACAUAAAUGUACGAAAUGAGAUGGCAUCAAUGCCAAUGGUUGACGCCAAGCUUUUCAUGUAAAUAGCGUCUAACAUUAUAAGGGGAAUGUUUGGAAGUACAUUUCGAAUCGGAGGGUGGGCUGAAAGCUUUUCCAAAGGUAGUUACUUCACUUCUUUCCACUUUAUACAUGAAACAAGUAGCAGAAGACCAAUAACUGCCCACUUGAGUUGCAAUUUGUCCACACUGCCAAAUGCUCUCUAACCUCAAAACCCUGCCAACACAUUCAAACGAAUGCCGAUUUGGGUACUUCCAAACUCACCCUAAUAUAUUUGUUUUGGAGUUAAAAUCCCUUAGAACUACUAUCAAGGUUGUCUAUAGCAUGGCUGGUUUCACAAAAGAGAUUAUUGUAAAUGGCCUAAUUAUUGUUUUAUGGCAGCUGUUGGUGGUACUACCAUUGUGAAA